GGACAAAAUUGUGUAUAUUAAGGAUUCCAACAGCAACUCCGAAAACUUUUCCUGGACCAGUUCUUUCUUACACCAUGCUCCACGAUUCACCUAAACUCAUGCACGUGACAUAGUUACAGCACUGAAUCCAUAGUGACAGCUUUAAUGUGCUGUACCUUUGUUUCUCCUGUUGAUUUUGCAAAUGUUAAAAAAAAAGAGAAAAAUCAGUCGAACUUUUGGCAUACAACUGUAGCUGCUGCUCUAGCUAAAUUGCUGCUAAGUGUCUAGGUGAUAAAAGCUUUCUCCCACGCCUGCCACACUGAACAACACUAUUAUCAGGAAAAUGUAUGCAUCUUUUUCCAGUAAGAAUAAGGACUGUGAUAACUUUAGCAUUUAGACAAGACACUGAGCUGAUGAUUGUGAAAUGCAUUAAUGGAUGUGUCACUAUUUUAAAAGAGCACAUCUAAUGGAUUGUUUAUACAUCCAUCUCAUUGUACUUAUUUAUUUAUUUUAUAGGAUACUUUAAACAUUAAAUUGCACAGAUCAAGGUAGAACUCUCCUGUGACCUCCUCACGUCAUGGGCCUGUGUUGAACGGAACCAAUCCCAGUCCCCAGCCAGUUGUGUAUGUAUACCGCUGAAGGAAAAUGAACAUACUGAACAGCCACCACUUUUUGUACUUUCUGCCUACCACACGCCUUGUCAUCUUAUUAGCAGCUUUAGCAACUGCUGAGGAUGUGACUAAUAGCACUUUCAACCGCACUGACAUGAACACGGGAUCCGUGCCCUCGGUGAUCUCCCACAUCGACCAUAUUAUAGUCAAGGAGGGGAGUAGUGCCUUGAUUGACUGCAAUGUCCAAGGUAGCCCUAGUCCACAUUACAGAUGGUACAAUUCCAACGGCUACCUACUCAAAGAGGAGGAGAAUAAAGCAGGAAAAUGGUGGUUUCUUGACAAUGGGCUACUAAACAUUACCAGCGUGUCUUUUGAAGACAGAGGUAAAUACACAUGUGUUGCAUCUAAUACGUACGGCAGUGUUAACAAUACUGUGACUCUGAGGGUUGUCUUCACCUCCGGAGAUAUGGGCAUCUAUUACAUGAUUGUCUGCCUUGUAGCUUUUACCAUUGUUAUGAUACUGAACAUUACUCGGUUAUGUAUGAUGAGCAGUCAUCUGAAGAAAACUGAGAAAGCAAUCAAUGAAUUCUUCAGAACAGAAGGGGCAGAGAAACUCCAGAAAGCCUUUGAGAUUGCAAAGCGUAUCCCAAUUAUCACUUCAGCCAAAACACUUGAGCUUGCCAAAGUAACCCAGUUCAAGACCAUGGAAUUUGCUCGCUAUAUCGAAGAGCUUGCUCGGAGCGUACCUUUGCCACCUCUCAUCAUGAACUGCAGGACUAUAAUGGAAGAAAUUAUGGAGGUUGUCGGUCUGGAGGAGCAAGGACAGAAUUUUGUACGGCAGACAGCAGAAGGCCAGGAAACCACUGAAACAGAUGAGCUAUACAUGAUCCCAAAUGCUUUGAAGCGCAGUGACUCUCCCACAGGUGACUCCGAUGCAUCAUCACUGCACGAGCCACCUCAACAGAUUGCAAUAAAAGUAUCAGUUCACCCAUUGUCUAAAAAGGACUGCAUGGACGGUCAGUCACAAGAAAGCAUGCAGCUGGACAGCAAGGAAGAGGACACUUCUCAAACACCAGCACUUCCUGCAGAACCCCUUCCUGAGCCUUCUGCUGAACUCAGUUCUGAUGACACAGCAUUGGCAAAUGACAAAAAUACAUGCAUUAUAUAUGAAAGCCAUGUAUGAUAGUUACUCCUGAAUCUAUGCAUAGCAGGAAAAUCAGGUGGAGCUCUUUUAAAAAUACAUAUUGUAAUUGCCGCUAAGCCUUACCUGGAGACUAUCAUAGCAAAAGCAUGUAUGUGGAUUAUUUGGCACUUUCUUCUCAGUUUGACUUUAGUUUACCAUGAUGUAUGGCAGAGUAAUUGCUAUUACAUUAAUAUUAAUUGCUCUUUUUGAUUAGGAGUAUUUCCAAGAAACAUUUACCUCAGCAUUUUCUAGGUUGGAGUUCCCUAUAGUGGCCUCCUGAAAGUCACUGGUAGUCUUCGAUGCAGGACACUUGAACUUACUAAACAUAAAACUGGUUUUCAUUUUCCUCCUUGACUCUCUUAUUUCCAUCUACAGCAUUUUUGCAGAUAUUAUCUUGUGAAUUUGAAAUAUUGCCCAAGAGGCAGCACUCCAGUAGCCAAAUCAAAUCCUAAUAGGUCCCAUUUAAAAAACCCGUUUGUUCAGCUGCAUUGUCAUUUAGAGGGCUAUUAAAGAAAGUUAAAAUGUUUCCAUUUCAUUUGAGACUGCACUGCUCAGGCACAGGGGAAAUAGUUUCCCUUUUUCCAUGGAAUGAAGAUGCCAACAAUUGUGUUUUUUUCACAUCAAGAAACAACUUUGAGGUAUAUUUUACAGAUGGGAAAGUGUGUAAACAUCUCACAGAAAGUUCCAAUCCAACAACUCUGCAUGGAUUUUUUUAUAAUUGACCGUUUCUAACUUUGCCAGAAGUUUAUAUGGAAAAUAGCUGCAAAUAUGCAAGAUGUCUUUGGGUUUUGUUUGUUUGGAGUUUUUUUGGUAGUAAUUUGGUAGGAGUAAGUAUGCACUACCUUACCAAAAGAUACGCAGGUUCCUUAACAGUCCUGCGAAUGCCAGUAAUCAGCUGGUAACAAGGCUGAAAUGGCAGAAGACCCUUUUAUUGGGAUUCUCAAUUUGGUGCAGAUUCGUAUUUUGAAGAUCAAACCUAAAUUCAUCUAUGAGUCUGACAGUGUUUUAUCCAAACUAAAAAAACAAAAUAAUAUAAUUGUCCUGUGAAAUUCCAAUAUGACGAUCACACACAAACUGUUUACUACAUUGUAAUUGCUUUGUUAUUUUACCUCCUACCUGUGUAGGAUGUUCACUGCUUGAGUACAUGUGUCCCUACCCCAAUAAAGCUUUAAUCAUCACAGUGACUGGGGCAUUAAAAAGGGUCAAUGUUUAUGCCAGGAAAUGCCAGGAGUGGAAAGGAAGUGAUAAUUCCUAUUGCAAGUAGACUAUAAAGAGGACCUUCUCUGGAGUGAGUCUGGAAUGAAAGCUCUUCCAAGGAGGAGUUGCGUAAGAUUCAUAACAUAUUACUUAAUCACCUGGCACACUUUAAUUUGGAAGUAAUGAACAAACUGUCACCUUACAGUUUUUAAGAAGGACUGUAGUGUAAGUACAGCUACUCAAAACUAAUCUGGAAUUAAGCAUAUUGCGGAAGUCACUUAGGUCUCUGGGGAGAUGAGGUGUGGAUGGCUCUCUGGACAUUUUACUGAAGUGCCCACAUCUACAUAAGGUGUCCAUUCAAGGCAGUCAGGUAUAUUAACUGCACAGGUAAUUGAGAGCAAACAAAGUCAA